CGGCGCGAAGGGACUCGAGGAAACGGAAGCGCCGGCUGCGAUCGCCGCCCCCAGUCCGGGCCAUCCGCGGCGGCCGGGCCCGCGGGCAGAGCCACCCCGCCGGGAGCCGCCGCCUCCGCCGCGCUUGCCUGUGUAAAGUGCUGGACUGACACUCCUGGAUGCUGGAGACCUCUCUGUCCCUAGAUCAGAAACAUGCAACAUGGCAGCAGCCAUGGAAACUGAACAGCUGGGGCUUGAAAUCUUUGGAACGGCUGAGAGCGAGGAGCAUGCUGAGGCCGAGGAGCAGCCGAAACCGGAACCCUUCUAUGUAGAGAGAUAUUCCUGGAGUCAGCUUAAAAAACUGCUCACAGACACUAGGAAAUACCAUGGCUACAUGGUGGCCAAGGCUCCUCAUGAUUUCAUGUUUGUGAAGAAAAAUGACCCCGAAGGACCCCAUUCAGAUAGGAUCUACUAUCUGGCCAUGUCUGGCGAGAACAGGGAGAACACGCUGUUCUAUUCGGAAAUUCCCAAAACCAUAAACAAAGCUGAAGUCCUAAUGCUUUCCUGGAAACCCCUUUUGGAUCUCUUUCAGGCUUCCCUAGACUACGGGAUGUACUCCCGUGAAGAAGAAUUACUGCGAGAGAGAAAGCGCAUUGGGACAGUCGGAAUUGCCUCUUACGAUUAUCACAGAGAAAGCGGCACCUUUCUGUUUCAGGCUGGCAGUGGAAUUUACCACGUAAAAGACGGCGGCCCUCAUGGGUUUACUCAACAGCCCUUAAGACCCAAUUUAGUGGAGACCAGUUGUCCAAACAUACGGAUGGAUCCAAAACUGUGCCCAGCUGAUCCAAACUGGAUUGCAUUUAUCCAUAGCAAUGACAUCUGGAUAUCUAAUAUACUAACCAGAGAAGAAAGGAGGCUAACCUUUGUCCAUAACGAAUUGGCCAACCUAGAAGAGGAUCCCAGAUCUGCUGGGGUCGCUACUUUUGUGCUUCAGGAGGAAUUUGAUAGAUAUACUGGCUACUGGUGGUGUCCGAAUGCUGAGCCAACUGUCACCGGAGGCAAAAUUCUUAGGAUUCUUUAUGAAGAAAAUGAUGAGUCAGAGGUGGAAAUUAUUCACGUCACAUCGCCCAUGCUGGAGACCAGGAGGACGGAUUCCUUUAGAUAUCCCAAAACAGGUACAGCAAAUCCAAAGGUCACUUUCAAGAUGUCUGAAAUAACAGUUGAUGCUGAAGGAAGAAUUGCAGCUGUCUUGGAUAAAGAACUAGUGCAGCCAUUCGAGAUCCUGUUUGAAGGAGUCGAGUAUAUUGCGAGAGCUGGAUGGACUCCAGAAGGAAAAUAUGCCUGGUCCAUCUUGCUGGAUCGCUCCCAAACACGGCUACAGAUAGUGUUGAUCUCCCCUGCGUUAUUUAUCGCAGUAGAAGAUGAUGCUAUGGAAAGACAGAAACUAAUAGACGCCGUGCCUGACUCUGUUACGCCACUUAUUAUUUAUGAAGAAACAACAGACAUCUGGAUAAAUAUCCAUGAUAUCUUCCAUGUUUUCCCUCAAACCCGCCAAGAUGAGAUAGAAUUUAUUUUCGCCUCUGAAUGUCAAACGGGGUUCCGGCACCUGUACAAAAUCACCUCGGUUUUGAAGGAGAGCAGAUACAAGCGAUCGUGUGGCGGUCUCCCUGCUCCAAGUGACUUCAAGUGUCCCAUCAAAGAGGAAUUAGCAAUUACCAGUGGAGAAUGGGAAGUGCUUGGUAGACAUGGUUCCAAUAUCCGUGUGGAUGAAGCAAAGAAACUGGUGUAUUUUGAAGGCACAAAGGAUUCCCCUUUAGAGCAUCACCUGUAUGUCGUUAGCUACGAGAAUCUCGGAGAGGUGAAGCGACUGACGGACCGUAGUUUCUCUCACGCCUGCUCCGUUAGUCAGGACUGUGACAUGUUCAUCAGUAAAUUCAGUAACCAGAAGAACCCGCACUGUGUGUCACUGUACAGGCUGACUGCUUCUGAAGAUGAUGUUGCUCACAGAACGAAGGAAUUCUGGGCCACGAUUCUAGAUUCGGCAGGUCCUCUUCCCGACUAUGUUCCCCCAGAAAUCUUCUCCUUUGAGAGUUCCUCAGGCUUUACGCUGUAUGGCAUGAUGUACAAACCUCACCACCUACAACCUGGGAAGAAAUACCCCACUGUCCUCUUCAUAUACGGAGGGCCUCAGGUGCAGCUGGUAAACAAUCGGUUUAAAGGAGUCAAGUAUUUUCGCUUGAACACGCUGGCCUCACUGGGUUACGUAGUUGUUGUAAUUGACAACAGGGGGUCCUGCCACCGAGGGCUUAAGUUUGAAGGUGCCUUUAAAUACAAAAUGGGUCAAAUAGAAAUUGACGACCAAGUGGAAGGGCUGCAGUAUUUAGCAUCCCAGUAUGACUUCAUUGAUUUAGACCGAGUUGGCAUUCAUGGCUGGUCCUAUGGAGGAUACCUGUCUCUGAUGGCAUUAAUGCAGAGGUCAGACCUCUUCAGGGUUGCCAUUGCUGGAGCACCAGUCACACUAUGGAUAUUCUAUGACACAGGCUACACAGAGCGUUACAUGGGACACCCUGAUCACAACGAGCAGGGAUAUUAUCUAGGAUCAGUGGCCAUGCAAGCGGAGAAGUUUCCUUCAGAACCGCACCGUCUGUUGCUGCUGCAUGGUUUCUUGGACGAGAAUGUUCACUUUGCACACACAAGUAUAUUGCUGAGUUUUUUAGUGAGGGCUGGAAAACCAUAUGAUUUACAGAUUUACCCUCAGGAAAGACACAGCAUAAGGGUCCCCGAGUCUGGCGAGCAUUAUGAACUCCAUCUACUGCAUUAUCUGCAAGAGAAUCUUGGCUCUCACAUUGCUGCACUGAAGGCAAUGUAAUUGUGACCUCUGUGGAACUCUGAUACACUGGCUGCUUAACCAAAUGAGGAAAUUGAUCUUUAGAGAAAAUAGAACAGAAUGUUGCAUUUUGGUGCCUGCCACAUCUGCACACACGCACACUUUUUUUUUUUUUUUUUUUUUUUUUAAGUAAACUAGGUGCCAUACAAGGAAAUUACAGUACAAUGGCCUAAUCAUUUUUAAAAUGGAAAUAAAAUCAAAUGUCUGUGGCACGCAGCAGUACCAUGCAAAUUCUUUUGGAAGAAGCUGAAAAUUCACUAACACAUUUCCACCACACCAUAGCUUCACCAUUUGAAAACAUUGAGCUGUGCGAGUCUAAUUGAUGUAUUUUUUUACAGUGUGUUUCUCAGUUUCGUACAACAAGGUAAUAUUGGAUGAUUCGCUCGCAUCAUGGCAAAAAUCUGUCUGGAUGGUUACAACUUGGAUAGCAUUUAAAAAUGUAAUGUGUAAUCGUUUAUGCUUCGUGCAAGGGAUGUCUGGCUCAUUAGGAAUUAGCUGCAUAUUAGACACAUUAUAUAACCAGAUGUUGGGGAUAAUUAUUUUUAAAAAGAAACACUUUUAGCUGCCUCCUGAAGUUUAUAAUUUGGUUUUAACUAAGAUCAGGCCAGUUUUUUCAGUGAGCUCAUCUCUGUGUAGUACAAAUCUUGCUGCUUUUUUCUUUUGUAGUGUGAUAAACAGUUUGCACCUGAUUUCACACAGGGAGGUGGAAAAUGUAUUUUACAAUAACAUGGGCAGAAGAGUUAGCCUUGUAUGCUGAGAAGCAAACUAGUUUUAAGCCAAACAGCUGAAACUUUGUAUAUUUCUCAUAUUUUAAAAAUACAGCCUAUUCCCAUGGACUUUUCACCCUAUGUGCAUUUUGGGGCUGUUUUCGAAAUACUUUCCUAUCUCAGCAGGUGGGUGUAUAAAUAUUCCCCCACUAAGAUUUUAAAAUUCCAACACCCAAGUGCAAGUGUCCACUGGGGAGUUGGUAAGAUGGGGCCUAUCAACACUACAUUGAAGCAAUGCAAAUUGUGUUUUACUAAAUUUUUUGUUGUCAUUAUUCUAGCAUUAUUCUCAGAUCACUGUUGAGAAAGUUUAUUGUCCUAGUCACCCUGCUCCCCUAUAUAUACAUAUACAUACACAGACUCCAUCACCCUUGAGUCGUCUCUAGCACUGCGGUGUCGCAUGGUCAUAUGCUGUCCUCCGAGAGAAACCCUUGUCUGUGUUGCCUAAGGUAAUGCUGCUAGAAGCUAGCACCCUGCAAUAUUAAAAUCACAUUAAAGCACGAUUUUCUUUGCUAGUGUGGUUUUAACUGUGAUAUGGACUUGGCUGAAAAACGUGAAGUGUUUGAAAAUACUUUUAACUUUCAAAAUGUUAUUUAAAAUAGAACUCCAUAGUCAGAUUAUUACUUUUAAACCAGAAAACUCUGCCUGGGGUUUCUGUGUUAGCUUCCCAUAAUUUUUAGGUACUUUCUUUUAAAAAACCAAAAACUUUUUCCCUUCUAUUUUGAUGCUACAGAGGGAGAAGCAGAGCAAGAUUCUCUUUUCAUCUUUUGAAAUCUGGAUGCCCUGUGGCUUGUGUUCCUACUUGAAAUACCCCAAAUAUUGUAAGAGACAGCAGAAUCAGGUCCAUUGGCUUAUGCUAAAGGUAGUCAAAGCAAACACACUUCCUGUAAGCAUACACCUCCCCCCCCCCCCCCCAAUUAUUCUGAAUUGGACUGAUGAUAUUUAAAGUCCUGUAAUUUAUACCAUCAGCGUAUGGAAAAUAGGUUUAUAGGUUUUUAUUUUGGGGAACUGGGGGGAAUGGAAGGAGCCCAAUACCUACACUGUCUUCUCUGUACCAACAAUAGCUAAUUAUUGUAACUGAAGUGAAUUCCCUUCAGAAAAAGCGGGCGUUUUCAGCCAUCCUAUGGCAUGUGCUGUAGUUAGUAUUUACAGACAAGCUGGUACAUUGAUAAGCUUGAAGAAUAACAAUGUGCCAGUUAGUAUAAAAACUACAAAUUUGUUACUAUGGUAUCCCACCUGGUUCUUUACGUAUUUAUGCUGUAGUGUAUAUAUACAUAUAUCUAUGGGCAUGUCUACACAGCAAAAGAAAACCCAGGGCAGCAAGUGUAACAGCCCAGCUGAACUGACUCAGGCUUGUACUGCAGGCUAACAAUAGCAGUGUGGACAUUCAGGCUUUGGACUCUGGGACUCGCACCGCAGGUUCUUUUGUUGCUUUGUAGAUGUCCCCUGCAUCGGUCCGUAUAUACGUAUAUGUAUAAAAUAACACGUGGAUGGUAUCACAUUUUCCAAGGUUGUUUAUAUUUUGUUCAAUGUUAAAUUAACUGGCGUUUGGGGGUGUAUUUUUGUUCCUCCUCCAGAGAUUCUCUCUUGAAUAUAAAUGUAUAUGAUUCUGAAGUAAAAAUCGAUUCUUUUGUACAAAACGGCCUCUAUGGAACAGUGCUUACAGCAAAGGAGGCAUUAAAUGCGAUUCUGGUAAUCAAAUCUAGAUUUUGGUUUAGCACUGAACAUAACAUUGCUUACAUGUAACUUUUUAAUAAUGCAUUCGCUCUUUAUUUUAAAUAUAUCUUAUAUAUAUAUCAGAAAACUAUUAAAGUACCAAGUAUGUACUCUGUUUUGCAACAUAAAUUAUGUUUUCCUUUUCUACAAAAAUAAUUUCCUUUACAGCUCUCAGGCACUUUAAAACUCCAUGUUUUCUUUCCUUGUGGAAAUGCUGGAAGGAUUUACUAUCAGUAUUUCAGAGUUCUGUACAAAGAGUGCUUGCCACAUGUAACGGUAAUGAAAGGUAUAUCCCAUAGGGUCUGAUCCAGCUCCCAUUGAAGUUAAUGACCAAACUCCUGUUGAUUUAAAGGGGCACGAUCAAGUCCACAGGGAAUGAGCACUGCCUUGUGAAAAACCAAGUGUGAGGCCAUCAGUAACUCUUAAAACUGGAAAUGCUGCUCACUAAAUAAGGAUAUUAUAUCCUGCUUGGUCUCGGUGGGACAAGCCACAGCUAAGAUCAGCAGUUCUGCACCUAUUGCCAACUGUAAGCCAGUCUUUCUAUGCUACAGUAUCAGUCCGGAGUACUGUGUAUGAUGGCAGUGUUACUGCAGUAUCAGUCCGGAGUACUGUGUAUGAUGGCAGUGUUA